AAAGAGCGCGCACUCCGCUGCGGGGGCGCGCUUUCCUAAGACGAGUUCUAACAAGCAGGCGGUAACGGGAAAGAACAGCUGGCAGGGGGCCCUACACGAGAGGAGAUUGGUCUGUGAUAGUGUGGAGAAAUCUUGGCAUGGCUACCAUUUCCAGCUGACCCAGGGAUGAAAAGAAAAACAGCAGAGUAUUUGUGGAAGCCGGUACUACAGACCAAAGCUUCUCCAUGUGAUCGAUUUAAACAUGCCUGCUGCAUCUGCAGGGGUUUCAUUUAUGUUUAUGGUGGUCGGCACACCACCACCUUGAGUGACUUCUGGAGGUACAGGAUAGGCAGUGAGAAAUGGGAAAGGCUGGACAGUUCUGAAGAUGGCCCGGAAGAACUGGAAGAACAUACAAUGGUGGAGUAUCAGGGUAUCCUCUACAUAUUUGGAGGCAUGGUAGAUUCUGCUUUCACUCAGAAGAAGAAUCCUUUCUGGUUAUAUGACACUGAUUCAGCCAAGUGGCUUCAGCGCCAGCUCUCAGCAGUAGAGGGUGAGGGAACCACUCCUACUAACCGCAAGGGCCAUAGUGCAGUUGUCUACAGGGGCAGCAUGUACAUGUAUGGUGGAUACAUUGACAUUAAAGGUGUUUCCCAAGAAUUCUGGACUUUUUGUUUUGAUACAGAACAAUGGCUCCCUGUACCAGCUACUCUGGAUGGUGGCAGUCCAGGCCCGCGGCAUGGUCACGCAGCUGUGGUUUAUGGCAAUGGAAUGUACAUGUUUGGCGGGCUGAUGGGACUUAGUGAGCAAAAAGACUUCUGGAAGUGGGAUUUCAUAACUACCGACUGGUCUAGCAUCAGGAGGAGCCAGGGGCCUCCCAAAGUGGUGGGACACUCUGCUUUAAUCUUUCAAGACUCCAUGCUAGUCUUUGGAGGUGGAAUUUCUAAUACUAAACCAAAUGGCACACUGUGGAAAUAUCACUUUCCGUCUGAGAUGUGGAAAAAACUAGCUAGCCCAACAGAUCCAAAUCCUUCGUCCAAAGCUUAUCAUUGCCUCCUAGGACUUGGGUAUGGUUUCCAGGAGAGGGCUGAUUCUUCAUGUAUAUCACUCAGCUAUUGUUUGCAUCAGAAGGAAAAACGUUGUUCAAAGAUACUAGCCAUCUCGAAGCAACACUCCUGUUUCUGUGAGUACUUUCAGACAGAGCCUACCUACCAGGCAUUCAGCAACGAUGAUGGUAAUGAAAUAGAAAUGAGAACGUUUCACCAACUUCCAACAAAGCCAGGACUCUGUUCAUCCCAAACCACUUCCAAUGCAGAACUGAGUUCAAACGAGCCAGCAGGCUUGUUAUCCAAGAAAGAGCAAAUCCCAUACCUCAGUCUUUCCAGGGAACAACAGGAUCUUGCCUCCCUUGACCUUGCAGAGAAAGAGACAGGCUUCAGCUGUCUGAACCCUGACUCUGUGGAUAUCGGUGGGCUCUCUGCUGUGCUGUUUGUCAUUGGUGGCAAACCUUUUUCUAGUUCAUCUGCAAUCUCAUUUUGGCAAAUGGAGCUGGACAGAAUUUAAAUGGCGCAGACAUCAAGGAGAGAACUGUGCCUAGACUUAUUGAAAAUUAAGUCCAGGAGACAAUCAUUCAUACUGUUGAGUCACUUAUUACAAGAGCAAAAUGGCCAUCUGAGAGAAUGAUCAUCUUCACAAGCUGCCGAAGUGUUUCUCUCCAUUUAAACAAAAUACCUGGAAAUGACUGCUUGAAGGUGCUUUCCUAGAGUCUUUGCAUAAGCAGCAUUGUUUGCACACACACACACACACACACACCCAACUGAACUAUCUUGCGGACUGAACACAUUUUUUUGUGUGCAGGUUGUUGAUGCAGACCUAAUUUCUAUACUUAACAUAUAUAGUGCUUCACAAAUGUUAUCUGAGAAUCCUUACAACAACCCUGUAAGGAAUGGCAAUAUUAUUCCUAUGUAGCAGCAGGUAUGCCUGAUUUUAAAAAAAAGACAUAACUGUGCAAUAUACCCAGCCCUUGCCAUUAAUACAACCUAUAAUGCAAGCUUAUACAUUUUACCUUACAGCUGUAGGGACAGUUUGUGUGGUGGGGACUGCAGAAGGGCCUCACACUAUGAACAGCAACCAUUUGUGUCUGAUGCUAUACUGGCCUAGCCCAUCAAGCUAAGAGUCAGGAUUAGGAAUAAUAAUAGUAACACCACUCAGAGUGGCUUACAAAUUGUGUGGUUAUUAUUCUCAUGACAAUCACCCUGUGAGGUGGGUGGGGCUGAAAGAACUCCGAGAAGCUGUGACUGACCCAAGGUCACCCAGCCGAUUCUCCAGAUUAGAGUCCUGCCACUCUUAACCACUACACCAAACUGGCUUUCGGGGAAGCCAAAAGAGAGUCCCUGAGCAGAACCCAUACUCCAAGUGAGAACUGUGGAUGUGAAGCAGAAGAAUGCCAUUUUAAAAUAAAUUAAAAUAAUGACAUUCAAAUGUUCUGAAGGCAUCAUAAUCUAUGUUGAAUACCAAUUUCUAGGUUAAUCCAAUGUGAGCGCAGGACUCUGGUAUUUGGAUUCACAAUUAGUCAAGUCACAAAAUGGUAGGUCAGUGAGGACUGCCUUUGCUGAUCUCAUGGGUCUACAGUUAAAUGAAGCCACAACCUCCACUGACUUUGUAGGGCUGUGAGUGAAAUAUUUUAUUCUCCAGUCAGAGGUGGAAUAUAGUCCUUUGAAGUUACCUUUUCCUGAUCAAUGCCACUUAGCAAAGUAAUGUGCCGAGGGAUGAGAGAAGCCUGUCAUGAUGUUCUUCUCAAUGUCCACUCUGGUUCACAAAUAAAAACCUCAUAUGGGAAUUAUCAAUAUUUUGUGUAGCAUUUAUAUUUUUGUAAUUGGUUUUUAUGUAUUUAGACCUUACAGCCUUUAAAAUGUUAAUUCAUUAAAGAUGGUUAAAAUGUGUUGUUUCUUUUCAUAAAAAAAUAAAUGCUUGGUUUGAUGA